UUCGUUUAUAGUUGGAUUGGUCAGGGAAGGAGCCAUGACCGUUCUGAACCAUAACAGAGCUGUAGUAUUAUGAAGGAAAGGAGAGCUGAGGUUCUCUUUCUUCUUUCUAUCUCUCCUCUCUUUACUUGUGCUCUCUGUGUUUUUUGGAGUUUGUUUUUUGGGGUCUGUUUUAUUCUUGAUGACAGAGGGAUUCUGCUAAAUUUCGGGGAAGAAUGAGGGAAGAUAGUUGGGGUUUGCCACCUUCUGGGGCUCCGUUGAAUGUUCAGAGAGAGGAGCACUGGAGGCAUUUUGAUAACUCUGUAAAUGCGGUUUCUUUUGGGUUUGUCGCCACUGCGAUUCUCAUCUCCAUGUUUCUUGUUAUGGCCAUCUUCGAAAGGUUUCUUAGGCCACGAUCAUCUUCUCUAUCGGGUUCCAGUGGUCGGAAUCGUGGAGAUCUCGAGUCACAGCUCACCUUCAAUGGAAAGCUUGAUCACCCAUCACCGAAAAUGACAGUGUAUACUAAUGGGGUUUCAGUACUAAUGCCUGGAGAAGAAAUUCCUACAUUCAUUGCACACCCAGCACCUGCACCAUGCCCACCAGAGCACAUGUUACGGCCUCCCCAUCAACAUAAAGCAUUCAGCAGCUCUGCCUCAAACAUGAACUCGAAUUCAAUUUGAACCAAACAGAAAAUGGAAACAUGUAUGUACCAUGUACAUCAAAUGCUGGUUUUGAACAGAGACCAAAUCAGAGCAAAUCUGGGAGAAAAGUCUCUCAUGGAAAGAUACCGGGUGCUUGACUGAGCUCUAAGUCACUUGUCUUUGCCAUGUGUUCUGAUGUUUAUAUUGCAUCUUGUGAUUGAAUGGGGCUGGUUUUUAAGAUAUUCCAGCUUAGGUUCAGAGGAUCAAAUUUAACAUUCCACUUGAUUUAA